UCAUUUUCUCAGUCUCAACUGCCAGCUCAAGAGAGCAAUCAUCUGGGAUCCAGCAAAGUCUUCCGUCAGAAAUUCAAUAGCAGUGUUAGUUCACUCCCUCAUCUGGAAGGCCAAACGAAGAACAAUUUCACUGCAAAUGCCACCAGACCUCAUCCACAAGACAGCAGCCUUCCUCACAUAAAAAAGAACCUGUCAAAUGUGAACCUAUUGCUUCAGGAAAACAGAUCUCGAGGCCAGCUACAUGUUUCCCGAUUUAACCUUGCAGAAAACCUGCCUGAAGGUGCUACUAGAGUCCAGCCCAACAGGCCUGAAAUAGAAGGAACCAACACCAGUCUCAAGUUGCCUCUGACAGCUCCAGAAGCCUUGAAAUAUUUUAGAAACCAGUUAACAGUUUAUGAGCAAGAAGAAAUUCUCAACUAUGCAGAGCUGUGGUUUCUUGGGCUGGAAGCUAAAAAGAUUGAAGGGUUACCUGAAACACAGAAUAAUAAUUGUUAUGAUGAUGAACAUGGCACUUACAUAAAGGUCCUACAUGACCAUAUCGCAUACCGCUACGAAGUGCUAGAGGUCAUUGGGAAAGGGUCAUUUGGACAAGUAGCAAAAUGUUUGGAUCAUAAAACCAAUGAACUAGUGGCAGUGAAAAUAAUAAGGAACAAGAAAAGAAUAAAUUUGUAUCAGCUGAUCAAAAAGAACAACUUCCAAGGUUUUAGUUUGUCUUUGAUUCGACGAUUCACUCAGUGUGUGCUGAGAUGUUUACAAAUGCUCUACCGGGAAAAAAUUAUCCACUGUGACUUGAAACCUGAGAAUAUAUUGCUAUACCACAAAGGUCAAAAUUCAGUUAAAGUUAUUGACUUUGGAUCAAGCUGCUAUGAACACCAAAGAGUGUAUACGUAUGUUCAGAGCCGAUUUUAUCGCUCCCCCGAAGUGAUUCUUGGUCACCCGUAUGCUACUCCUAUUGAUAUGUGGAGCCUGGGAUGCAUCAUGGCUGAACUUUACACAGGCUAUCCCCUUUUUCCAGGAGAGAAUGAAGUAGAGCAACUUGCCUGCAUCAUGGAGAUAUUGGGUCUUCCGCCAGCUGAUUUUAUUCAGACUGCAUCAAGAAGACGAACAUUCUUUGAUUCCAGAGGUUUUCCUAGAACUAUAACAAACAGCAGGGGGAAAAAAAGACACCCGGACUCCAAGGAUCUAAGUACGGUAUUAAAAACCCAUGAUGCUGCUUUCCUGGAUUUUCUGAGAGGCUGCCUAAUGUGGGAACCUGCCCUUCGCAUGACUCCAGAUGAAGCAAUGCAGCAUGUAUGGAUCCAGGAACCAAGAAUACAUAAAUCAAAACAAAAUCCCGACUCUGCAAGUGAAAGCUCCUUCUUCAUACUAGAGAAGAAGCAGAAUGUACAUAAACACACACUGCCUGGACAAGGAGAAGAAAACACCUGUCAAGAUAUGGUUGAUAAAGCAAAAUGUGAAAUGACUGAAAAUCCUACUGCUGCAAGUGAAAGACUAACUCUCAAUGCAUCUUCCUCAGACACAAUGGAAAAUAAAGUGCAGAACACAACCAAACAGGUUAUUCCAGAGGAAGGUCUGGAAAACCCAGUGGAAAAAGCUAUCAAAAGAGACAAAGCAGGACGCAGCAGUGAAACAGCUCUUCACAAAAAUUCAAUGUUCUUACCACCAAUUAAGUAACAUUCUGCACAGGCAGCUACUGGUCUGGUUUCUAUACCUGCCUAGUGUGUUUUGUAGAUAACCAUUUAACUGUACAAUAUUCAAGAACAUCAUUUUAAAUUAUAACUCUCCACACAUGGGCUGUGCACAUUUGUAGACAUUUUUAACCUAGAUUAGUUCAGGUAA